AUGGGACAACACGAUGACACAAUAACUUGGGUGCGUUCACGAAACGAAGACUCCGAUAAUGACAAUCUCAAAGCGCAAGACUCCUUGCACGUUGUUGAGUCGCAUGUUCUUCAGGAAAGAAAGAUUGGUACAUUCGGAGCAAUCUCCCUAGUCGUUAAUAAGAUCGUUGGUGCUGGGAUAUUUUCAACUCCAGCUACAAUUUAUAAGCUUAGUGGAAGUGUCGGCAUGGCGUUAAUGCUCUGGGUUAUUGCGGGCAUGAUCUCUACGUGUGGUGCGAUGGUAAUGCUGGAGUUUGGAAGCGGCAUGCCCCGGUCUGGGGGUAUCAAGGUCUACCUAGAACGAUCAUUUUCCCCCAGGCUUCUGCAAACAUGCGUAUAUCUCUUUUAUUGUGUUUUCCUUCAGGUCUCCGCCAGUAACGCUAUUACGUCCUCCUCCUACCUUCUUCUUGCUGGAGGUGUUGAAUCAACGACGUGGAAACUUCGUGGUGUAGCUAUUGCUGCUGCUGCCUUUGCAGUGGGUCUUCAUACGAUCGCUCCAAGAGUUGGAAGAGGAUUGCAAGAUCUCCUCAGCGCGGUCAAGCUGUUCACCUUACUUUUUAUCGUGUGCACUGGCUUUGCUGCUCUUGCAGGUCACCGCAGGGUGCCCGAUCCUCAUAAUUUCGAUAUCCACACCUCAUUCAAAGGCACGUCGAACAAUGGUUACAAUAUCGGUACUGCACUUCUGGAUGCAAUCUUUUCAUUCCAAGGUUAUGAUAAUGUCAAUGCGGUCUUAUCGGAGGUGAAGAAUCCACAGAAGACUCUUCGCAUAGCCCUUCCAUCGGCAAUGGGGAUAAUUACCGUUCUUUACCUUCUGGCAAACGUGGCCUACUUCGCCGCGGUGCCAACAGAGGAGUUUACCAACUCUAAUAUCACAAUAGCGGCAUCGCUAUUUAGGAAUGUAUUCGGAGACUCGGCUGCAACCAAGGCUCUUCCUGCCCUUGUUGCCAUUUCGGCUGUGGGCCAUCUGCUCGGGAUCGCAUAUACAGUCCCUCGCGUCCUACAAGAGCUUGCCAAAGAUGGAAUAACACCCUUCCCUAAUAUCAUGAUGCAGAACCGCCCUUUCCGGACGCCUAUUGUUGCGUUGGCCGUCCAUCUAGGGGUCACAAUACUAUUCAUCUGUGCGCCACCGGCAGGCGAUGCCUUCAAUUUCAUUGUCAGCUUGAGUUCAUAUCCAACGACCUUCCUCUUGGCAACCAUCACGGUGGGGCUAGUCAAACUCCGACUGACCAAGGACGAGAGCUGGGCCUCAUCAUUUUCUGCGCCGUGGGCGGUGAUUGCAUUCUAUCUUGCUGGUAGCAUAUUCCUGCUCAUCAUGCCUUUCAUCCCACCGCCGAAUGGAAAGGGAAACACUAAUCUUCCAUACUGGCUAAGCCCCGUGGUCGCCCUGGCUAUCUUGUCGCUGGGUAUUAUAUAUUAUCUUCUACGGUUUAUUCUAUUCCCUUGGGUCUUCAGGUAUACAUUGCAUCCUGUUUCUGUGGAGCUUAGUGAUGGGUCUCAAGUUACUAGAUAUAGGAUUCGGAAAAUUGGCGACACAAGCUAG